GGACGUACGAGGAAGCACCGCUUCUGAGCACACCUCCAACCAAAGAUGGCCUGUGAUAACGGCAAGUUGUGCUUUCCACUUCUUUUUGAUCGCCGAUUUCUCCACGACCAGCAAAGAUUUACGCCUAUUUUUUCGAAAGAAAAAUCUUAUAUUUGGACAAAUUUUUGGCAAAAAACGAGAAUCAUUUUCUAUGAGGACUUUCUAUUGACGUUGGCAACGACGGUCUCAAAGAACCCCUAUGGCAGUUUUUCAAUGGACAAAAAAUGAUCUCAUUGACAAACUUUUAGCUAAUUCUUCAAUGUAUUUAUUGAUCAGCCAUUGUUUUAAUCCACCAAAUUAGUAAGCAAGGUACUGCAUAUUUUCUCAAUAAACAUUUUAGAUAAAUUGAUAUUUGUCAAAGUUUUCUUAUGUUCUUUAGUUCAAUUCUAAACUAUCCUUAAACUACUAGUUUUUAUCAAACAAUAACCUCUGAUUUUCUUAAAUAUUAUUCGAGAAUAAAUAUUCAGCAAUCUACAAACUAAUAAAAAUGGUUGCUGUCAGGAAGCAAAAAUUUAUGACCUAUAGCAUAAUGUAAUAAUACAUAUGGAGAAAUCAGAUUGAUGCAGAAAAGAUUCAGUUUAAAAGCUACCAUCGAUAUGCUUCAUUUGUAGCAGGUAGCUUGUAAAAUAUUUUCAAGAUUUUAGAUCACAUCUAGGUUACUAGAAACAAAAGAAGAAGUCAAAUUCACUUUAAAGCAAGUUCAUCAAUUUACACAACAGCAAAUCAAUUCCUCGCAUAAAUAGCAGCAUUAAUUAGCAGUUAAAUACUUAGUUUCAAAGACAAGUUUCUGAGUUUCUGUAACUAUUUAACAAAUUCUAAAUAUAUACAGUUGUACACAUUAUGGUUUCAAACCAGCAUCAAUUCAACUAUUAGAUCAUUGUCUUAUCAAUGUAUUUUUCUCCAGCUUCCUUGGAAUAAUUCAAGAACUUUGCAAUCAAGCCACUUAAUUCAGCUUAAUUUUGUAAAAACUGGUGUUCUUUGAGUGACAUCUGUCAACUCUUGUGUAAUGUUAUAAAUUUCUUCCACAUCUUGAGAUGUUUUCUCCACCCAUUCAGUUGUCUGUGUCAUUUUGUUGACAAAGUCCUCAUCUUUAUGCUGAAAAUCAGAUGCACCAGAACUGUUUUUCUGUUCUCUUGUUUGAGUUGCAAAUCCCUGCUUAACCUUUGCUGACCUUGAAUGAAUAAUGUUACUUGUAUUUCCACCAUGAAGAAUGUAAGUGAUAACAGCCAAUACUGAUGUAAUUACCAUUGAAAUGAAAAUUAUAAAAGCAAAUGUUGGUAGAAAAAAAGAUAAAGCAGUUGCCAAAACGAGUAACUCAAAUAUGAGACCCCCAAUCAGCAAACACGAAUUGGCAAACACUAAAAAACCAACAAGGAAAGUUAUUGGUCCUAAGCUCAUUGCUCCACCAAGUAUGCAAAAUAUCCCUGCAAAUGGGUGCUGUUGGCAAAACUUCAAACUGUCAUUCGCUAAUUUCUUUAGUCUUGGAUAAGGCAGGUUCUCUGUCUUCUUUUCAGCCCAGUUGUAAACUUCCAUACCAAUUCUGAAAGGCAUCCCUGGAAGCGUUCCCAUCUAAAGUAAAGAUGUAUACAUCUGAAUAUUAUAUUUGAAUAAAUUUUAACUUGGAUUGCAGACUUAUUUGUUAAUGCAUCAAAUUUUUGUGUCCACUUCUUAUGAUAAGAGUUGCCUGAUUUAAAAAAGUUGAAUUUUUAAAGUUGAUAAAUUGCAGUUUAUAAGCGUAGACAAUAUAUAAGCCUUAAUCAGAAUAGACAACGCAAUCUGGAAUAAGUUGCAGUUUAUAUUUUUUUAAAUUGAGGCAAUGCAUUUAAAGAAAAUAUUGUUAGUAAUUUCAGAAGAAUUCUUAAUUUCAGUCUUAAAAUACUUUAGGUCAUCACUAGCUCUGCUCCAGUCUGUAGAGUCAAAAUAGGGUACAAACAUAAUCCCUUGUCUUAAUAAUGUACAAGCAAUAUAUUUUGAGUGGGGCAAAAUUCUCCUAAGUUUCAAAUGAUUAUUGCUUGUUUUUAACUGUGAGUGUUUGCAAGUUCUCCAGCCUUGAGUAAAUUCCUCGGUUUUACAGAAUUGGCUUCCAACCAACCUGGUGCCCUGUUUCAAGCCAAUUUACCUAUUUCACUAGGGGCAAAACAUCCCAAUCUUCCUCAGUAUUAGCUUGAGGGCCUGUCUGCAGAGUAUGGCAGUUCUCGGCGAGAUCUCGCGCAUGCAGUACUCAUUCACGCCAUGUUUUCUGCGUGCAAACCUUUCUUUACUGACCAUUUUGCGUGCAAAUCUAAGUUUUUUAAUAGCGCUAUAGUAAAUUUGAUGUUCAAUCAGAAAAUUUUGGCGUGCAGCACUAUCCUGACCUCGCGCGUGCGUCAGCCACACUCUGCAGACUGGCUUGAGGGUCUAUCUUAUUUCAGACUAGUGAUGGAAAAUCAUUUAGGUUGGCUACAAAAUAACCGCUUCAUGAAUUUUUCUUGUCUAUAGAUAAAAUUUUCAUAGAAACCUAUAAGCUAAGGAAAGUUCCCACCACGUAAGCCAAAGGAACCAGAGGUUCAGAUUAGGAGGUUGUUGCAAAAGUAAAAACGUGCUCCAGACAAAAUAUAUGCUGAUAUGAGAGGUUCAAAUUGGGAGUUGUUUUGCAAAAGUUUAAAGGUGCUCCAGACAUUUUAUUCCUGAUAUUGGGUGACUAUAAAACUUAAAGGUAUGUGUUUGCAAAAGAAAAUGCGAAAAAAUACCUCAGCUGUUGGAAAAUCCUUUCGUUUUUCACCACGAAAAAAAUUGUUUGCAAAUCUUGAAAACAAAGCGAUGCAUUGUGGGAGACGUUUAUUUCUUUGAAUCGUUGUUUGUAUGAAAGUGAGGCUCCACCAACAGACCGGCCGGUCGGCAUGAUUUUUAACUCAAGAAGUAUUUUUGUAGUGAUUGUGUCUAAAAAGAAAGAAAAUGCCUUCAAAAGUAUCAAAGUUUGAGGAAGUAAAGCAACAAAGGACUGCACUAUACACAACAAUAUUUAGCCAAGUUUUUUCUCCAUGUGGAAAAUACCUGGUAGCAAGUAACAACUUUGGACAAUUAGCAGUAUUCAGUCUUACAAAUGCUUUGGGAAUCAAUGCAGCGGAGGACACUAGACUGCCAGUUAAUAUAUUUGAAGCACACAAAGGCAGCAUUUAUGUAUUGCUACCAACCCCAAGCUUUCUUAUAAGUGGUGGAACUUCUGCAAUUCAUGGAUGGAAAUGGAAUGAUGUAAUUCAUAGCAAGGACCCAAGGCCAAGUUGGACUCUCAGUCCUUCUUCAAGUUCCCCUUUUGAUGUACCAGAGACAAAUGGUCUGGCAUAUUUCUCCCAGGCCAACACACUUGCAUCUGGUGGUGGAGGCAAUUGCAUUGACCUUUGGGAUUUGGAGACAGGCCAGUGUAAAGCUUCCUUGUCCGGACACAAUGACUACAUCCACUGCAUUGCGGCUCUAGAGAAGUCAAACCAAUGUGUCAGUGGCUCGGAGGAUGGUACCGUCAGAUUUUGGGAUUGCCGAGCAAGACAAUCGAUGACGUCACUGGUUGAGCCAAACAAAAAUGAGGAUGCGAAAAGGCCGGAUGUUGGCAGUUGGAUCAGCUGCGUAGCCGUUGAUCAUGCUGAGCAGUGGCUGGUAUGUGGUGGUGGACCGCAUUUGUCAUGUUGGCACAUUCCAUCUUCAACUCUUACGGCAGUGCUUCCUACCCAAAAUUCUUGUCCUUUAACUGCAAUUUACCACGAAGAGAAGAUAUUAUCAGGUGGAACGGAACCAAUCGUAUUUCAGUGGUCUGUAAAUGGCGAUGAAAGAACUGAACUGCCUGUCUCACCCUCUUCUGUCUAUUCUUUGGCAAUAAAUGAUAAUUCACAGAGUAACAAGGUUUUAUCAAUAGCUGGUAAUAGUACGGACAUAAAUGUAUGCACCAACUUUCAUUAUGAAGCAUUCAGUUUCAAGUUCUGUGCAUAGUGCCUCGAUGAGAACCAUGACACGGAAAGGAACUUCAUUCAUAGAAUCCCCAGCAGCCAGUGAAGUGAAGGUCCUUCUUAAGAUACAGUCUGCUCCGAAGUCUUAACGUUAAUUUAACAACAUUCUUCUGUAAAAAGGAUUUUUAUUACAUCAAACUACUUUCGCCAAUAGACGGAGAUCUUUCUGAAUUUUAAGCAUCUUAUUGCGAUUGCUGUUGAAAUAGCGGUUAGUAAAGUGCAUGUUCUGUGGACAACUGUAAGUUCGUCAUUGAUCAUUAAAAAUUUUUUUGUUGCAAUGUAUUUUGUAGCCAUUUUAAAAUCUUUUCUAA